AUAAGUUAACAGUGAUAAAAAGUCUUAGCAAAAUCGCACUUUUUACUGUCAUGACUUUAUAGUUGAACUGUACUUAAAUACCUAACACAAACAAUUUUAUUUAAAGUCACCAGACUUUAAAUAAAAUUGUUUGAAAAUUAGAAUACUAAUUUUACUCGUGCUAGACAAGGCUCGUCCCAUAUCUCCCUGAGAAAUAAAUUUCGAACACAGCUUUGCUUGGUUGUCAAAAUGACCGACUGACUCAUCAGCUGUCAAAUUUACUUUAUUGAGUUGAAGAAAUUUCUUUCUCUUGAAAUUACUUACAUUAAUUCACUACAAAUCCCAGUGAAACCAGAAAAAUGGACGACGAUUUACCGACAGACUUUCAGGUCAUCGUAGUUGGGACAGGCAUGGUGGAGUCCAUAGUGGCUGCUGCUUGCAGUCGAAUAGGGAAAAAUGUCCUCCACCUGGAUUCCAGUGACCAUUAUGGUGGGCUCUGGGCAUCAUAUAACUUUGAUGGGCUACAGAAGUUCAUCAAGGAGGUCAGCUCAGACCCUAAAAGGCAGUUGCAAGUCUACAACUUAGCUGAAAAGUGGUACAUUGAAAAAGAAUCUCCAGAGCCAGAACCAAGUGAGGGUGACGAGAACAAGACUGACGAUGGGAAGGCGGAGGCGGCCAAGAAGGUGUGGAGCCAGGCGUCCUUCGCCGCCGAGUACAGGAAGUUCAACAUUGACAUGACACCCAAGCUGCUGUUCUCCCGCGGUCCUCUAGUCGAGCUCCUCAUAUCGUCCAACAUCGCUCGCUACGCGGAGUUCCGCUGCGUCACCCGCGUGCUCACCUGGCUCGAGGGCCGCCUGGCGCCGGUGCCUUGCUCCAGGGCUGAUGUCUUCGCCACGGAGGCAGUGAGCAUCCUGGAGAAACGGAUGCUCAUGAAGAUGCUCACGUCUAUCGUGGGGUAUAAUGAGGACGAGAUGACUAAUGAGUUUAAGGACUGGGAGAACAAAACCUUCAAGGAGUAUCUAACGCACAAGGGUCUGACGCCCAACCUCAUCCACUACGUGCUAUUCGCGAUCGCCGGCGGCAGCAACCAGAUGCCGUGUCUGGAGGGCGUCAAGGAGUGCAAGAAGUUCCUCAUGAGCCUCGGCCGCUACGGGAAUACACCCUUCCUGUGGCCCAUGUAUGGCAGUGGAGAACUGCCGCAGUGCUUCUGCAGACUGUGCGCAGUAUUCGGCGGCGUGUACUGCCUGAACCGCCCCAUAGACAAAGUGGAAGUUAAAACCGUCGACGAAGGCAAGACCGUCAUCACCGUCGCCAGCAAAUCCAAGACGCUCAACUGCGAACACUUAGUCAUCGGAGUCAACGAGUGCCCUAAAGAAAUGAUCGCCCCAGAAGCUGUGGAAAGCUGUGACAUUUCUAAGGCGGUGUUCAUAUCGAAUGGCAGUAUUAUGAAGAGUGAGAAGGAGCCCCUGACCUUGCUGAGGUUCCCGCCGCUGACGGAGGAAGGGAAUCCCGUGACCGUGCUGGAAGUGGGGCCCGCCACCGGGUCCUGCCCUAAGGGAUUGUUCGUGGUGUACAUGAUCACGAACAAAGUGGCCGACGCCGCCACCGACCUGAUGCCGUACGCGGAGAAGAUCUUCGACAUGGGCGGCGACCAGCCCGCUGAAGAGAAACCUAAGUGCCUGUGGUCCCUCUUCUACAACGUGGCGGACAGCAGCGCGGCGGUGCGCAGCGCGCGCGGCGGCGUGCACGUGUGCUCCGGCCCGGACGCGCAGCUCGACUUCGACCGCGCCGUGCUGCAGGCCGAGCAGAUCUUCAAGCAGAUCUGCCCCGGCGAGGAGUUCCUGCCGCGCGCCCCGGACCCAGAGGAGAUCGUGUUCGACGAUGACGUCACGCACGGACCCGAGUUCCAGACGGACGACGCCGAGGGGGACGCCCCCAAGGAGUAAUACUCGGACCACCGAGUUACCCCGUCUACGUAAUCAAUGACACAUUCGAGCUUGCGUGCUGCUAUCUGACAAAAGUUCCUGUGUGUACCGCUGUACGUUCCGGGAACAUGCUAGGUGAAUUAAUUAGCUAUCAUCAUAUCAUUAUGUUCGUUUUCAAUUAGACAGUAACGCUGCAUUUGUAACUUUUUAACGCUGUUAUUGUAGAGUCAAUCAAUAAGGCAGUUGUCUUGCACGAAAGUCUCGGCUAUGAUCCCGAAUAAUUAUAAUAGACUUAUAAAGCUCGAAUGUGGCCAACUUAAUUUAAGGUAUAAUCUCUUAAGACUUUAUGCUUUGGUCGCUUGAGACUCGUGCAUUCCGGCUGGUGCGUAGAAAUGCACGUUACGCUAGAUAGAAAGGAUCAUUCGAUUAUACGAAAAUAGUUUUACGUACUCCAGUUUACUACUACUCAUAUAAUAAACAUUAUUUUAUUAUUUCGAAGCUUGUGAAUAAUGAAUUUUAAUAGGUACAUGUAUUAUAAUAUGUAAUGUUUUUUCGUAUGUAGUAAAUUUGAGAUUGAGAAAACUGAACGUGAAUUAAGUGGAAGGCUUGGUUAUCUUGAAAAGAUAGUGCAAGAUGAACUAACAGCGAACAAUAUUAUUAACGUGGUUUUUAUAUGACUGAAUCCAAGAUCUCUUGUACUAAUUUAAACAAGCUUGCAGUAUACUUACCUAUAUUAAGAACCAGGUAAUACCUACUUAUAUUUAAGCUCUCUUAGGAAAUCAUAGCAUUAUUUCCAGUAUUGAUUCCAAUUAUUAUUCUGUAUGUAUUUAUUUUUUUACUUAAUUUGUAGGCUGGAAUAUUGAGAAUGUGUGCAAUGGAUAGUUUAUAGGAUAGUUUUUGCAGUCUUGGACGCACCAGUCUAAGGCACCGCAUCUUAGCACUUUAUUUUUAUAAUUUAAUUUAUUGAGCACUAGUAUUUAUUAUAAAAAUGAGCAUUAUCAUGCAUAAAUGCUUAUGCCUUUAUAAUUCCAAUAAAAUGUGAUUACAA